AUGAAGAAGAUGGACACACCGCCGCUCACGCCCACGCACAAAUUCGCUCCCGUCAAGCUUCCUCCCCUCAAGCUCUCGCCAAUGAACAUUCCCUUUCCCCGACGCCUUAAGAAGGCCGUCCCCGUCUACGUCGCCGUCGUCCUCCUCAUCUUCAUCUACCUCAACCUCGACGCCUUUCCCCGCAUCACAGACGACGAGCAGGUCCCUCCCCCGGCGAGGCUUCCCGGGAGCACAUUUCCGCAAAAGAUAUGGCAGACGUGGAAGAUUGACCCGCUGCUCUUCGGCAUCACGGAGACGGUGCGCGCCACGACAUGGCUGCAGAAGAACCCGCAGAUGCGGUACGAGGUCAUCACCGACAGCAACGAGAUGACGUACGUCGAGGAGCACUUUGGCCCCGACGGCGUCAAUCGCCCGGACAUUGUCGAGUUCUACCGCAACGUGAAGCUCCCCAUCAUCAAGGCGGACCUGCUGCGCUACAUGAUUCUGUACGCAGAGGGCGGCGUGUACGCCGACAUUGACGUCGAGGCGCUCAAGCCGUUCCACCGCUUCCUCCCGGAGCGGCACAACGAGGAGGAGUACGACCUGGUGGUGGGCAUCGAGGUGGACGAGCCGCAGUUCAAGGACCACCCGAUCCUGGGGCAAAAGUCGCAGUCGUUCUGCCAGUGGACCAUCAUCGCGAAGCCACGGCACCCGGUGAUGCUAAAGCUCGUCGAGAACAUCAUGAAGUGGUACAAGGGGGUGGCCAAGAAGCAGCGCGUGCCCAUCUCGCGUGUGGAACUCGACUUUGACCAGGUCAUCACGGGCACAGGCCCAUCGGCGUUUACGACGGCGCUGUUGGAGGAGAUGAACCGGCAGCAGCCCAAGGGCGCGGCCAAGGUGACGUGGGACGACUUCCACCACAUGGACGAGUCCAAGGUCGUGGGCCGGGUGCUGGUGCUCACGGUCGAGGCGUUUUGCGCCGGGCAGGGCCACUCGGACUCGGGCAACCACGGUUCGCGCGGCGCACUCGUCAAGCACCACUACCACGCCAGCAACUGGCCGAGCCGGCACCACCGCUACAACCACCCGGCGUACGGCCAGGUCGAGGAGUGCAACUGGAACGUCGAGUGCGUGCAGCAGUGGGACAAGGACGUGGCGGGCUACGAGAAGCUGUCUGCCGAGCAGAAGAAGGCCAAGGUGGCGGAGCGCGUCAAGCUCGUCAACGGGUCAUAG